GGUACUGUCAAAUUUAGAGUACUUGUACCAGGUCCCGUGUGCACAGCAGCAGUAUUUCCGUUAACACUCUUAGUGCCUCUCAAGUUUAAUACUUUUUGUAAGUGCAUAGUCACUGCUCCGUUGAAACGAUGGCCCACUAUGAAGAAGUAAGUGUGCGUGGGUAUGAAGAGUUUUGUAAGGCUGUGUCUGAGAGAACAGGAAAGGAUAUCUUUGCUUAUUUCUCUGGUGACAAAGACGCACAGGGGAAGAGCUGGUGUCCAGACUGCGUAAAAGCUGAGCCAAUCGUAAGAAGAGAGAUGUCUCAUCUUCCUGAGGGAUCUGUCUUCAUCUACUGCCAAGUUGGAGAAAGAGCCUACUGGAAGGAUCCGAGUAAUGACUUCAAGAAGACGCUGAAACUGAGCGGAGUUCCGACCCUGCUGCGAUAUGGCACACCUCAGAAGUUGGUGGAGGAGGAAUGCUUCAAAUCUGAUCUGGUGAAGAUGAUGUUUACUGAAGACUGAGGGUCCCGCUUCAUCCACAGCUGUCAUGAGCAUUUAAGACUUCUUCACCUUUAAACUUACUACCACUCAGUUUCAACACUAUUGAUAACCAUACAUCCAGUGUACAUCUCACAAUGCAUAUUUACUCAAAUCGACAACUGUGUAAGUUUACAUUCAAAAUAACAAUCCACACGUAUAAAACAGAGCCGUUAAAAACGAACAUGCUGGAAACUCUUCAGACAAUCACAUAUUAUUAAUGUGAUUCACACUAAUUGUUCUUGUUUCUCUUUAUGUGCAAUGACUCAGUCUUCUAUUGUAAUUGAAGUUAAAUUUAAUCCAAUGUAUCCUAAUAAUAACACACGGGUUGAUAAUAAAAAGUGUCUUAGGGUUUUUCAUAUUGUGAUCAUGUUUUUGUUGUGAUUUUUGUUGACUUGCAGAAGGACUCAAAUAAAGUGAUACUUGGUGAUGAA